UGACGAUACGGCCUUACUCUUCGAGAAAUAUUUUGCCCAGAUGGCUAGAUCAGUAGAAAAUAUUGCAAAUUCCAUCUGGCAACACUGUCGCUUCCAAAUCUCUGCUUUAAAUUCGUUGACUUUAGCAAGAUAGCAAGUGUAAACAUGAAUAACAUAUUUCUCAGACUGACAGUGCUCGAUCGUCGUCUGUGGUGGAUGAUGGUUUGGCGCAUGAGUCAUGGGGAAGUAUAAAAGAAAACUAGAAUCAGGCAAAUACCGAGAUUACGACGAUGAAAGCUGGUAUGAGCAGCCAUCGAGCUGAAAUCCUAUUUAAAAUAUCUCGACGAACGGUCAUUAAUAAAUUAAACAAAAAACACAAAGGGGAUGAUGUAGGUAGGCCCAAAAUGCUCUCCGAAGUAGAAGAACAACAUUUGGUUGAUGUGUUGAUUGUUGGUGCUGAGUUUGGCAGCCUGAUGACCAAGUUGGAUCUAAGAAUGUUGGGAACAAGAAGUGUAUAUUUUUUAGAGGUACAGAAAGACACAUGAACACAUCAAAAAGCGUCAUGUUGUUAGUGACAGCAAGCAGACAUUUCACCUUGUUACAUAGUAUAUAAAGCCAAAAGACUGUAUAAUACAUGAGUGGAAGGGGGGCCGGUGAAAGCAAUAAACAACCGAACCAAGAGUGGGUGGUUUGAUGCACCUAUAUUUGUAGCCCUACCUUGGGCACGAAAAAUCCAAGGUCCAAAAGUUAUUAUUGGUGAUUACUUGUUGUCACAUUUAAACAUGGAGGUAAUAGUUCAGUGCCAAAGAAACACCAUCAAGAGAGCCUGGACCUGGAGCUAAAAAUGCAACAUCCGUCCCAAAACUGUGUUGAAAAGUCAGUCUUUCCUUCAUCAUAAAAUAAACUUACAAGCAUGAUAAAAAUUAAAUCAAAACCUAAUAUAGAAAGUGGCUUUAGGGCUACCAGAAUUUAUCCAUUCUGUCCAGAUGAGGUCCUAAAAAAAAUGUUUACUACUGCUAUUGAUAAUUCUCUUAUAUGUCGUCGAAUAAAGAAGGAAGUUCAAACUUGCCAAAAUCCCUAAAUGAUCCCUAAAUUAGUAUCAUGGAUAAAGUUAGGCGAGAUGUAUAUUACUUUGCCCACCACCUAAAAAAAAAUUUUACAUAUUUUGAAAAUUUGCUAAAUACAUAAAAAAACCUUGAAG